AAGUCAGACGCCCAACGGCGUUCACUUCAUACCACGUCCAAGGUUCCUCAGUCGACGUGAAAAUGUCGUCCGGGAGGGCCGGCUGAUAGCGAAACUGGUGACGCACAAACACCCGUGACGAUAUUAUCUGCUGUCCAGAGAUCUUAUUCAGAUCAUUUGGAUAGUUUUUUCCUUUGUUAAUAGUGUGGUUUCAAAUAAUUUGCCGUUAAAUAUGUUUCGUUCCUCGCCUGCUGUAGGAGAUGACGAAGAACUCGAUCCAAGAAUUCAGGUGGAAUUAGAGAAACUCAACUCAACAACAGAUGAAAUCAACCGUUGGGAAGCAGAACUUGAUGAAGCCAAUGCUGGUUUCCGUACCUUGUUGAGUAGAUCUACCCAGCAACUGAAAGCCUUGGCCAAAAAACUAGGAAAUUCCAUUGAAAAAUCGAGACCAUAUUAUGAUGCCUUUGAAGAAUACAAGACAGCUCAAGAGUGUUGCCAGGAAGCAGCAGUUCAGUUUCAAAGAGCAUUUGGUAUACACAAAGCUGCUAAAGAAACUAUAGCCCUUGCGGAACAACGAUUUCUCAGCCAAAAACAUGAAUGGAAGUUUGAUAAUGCAUGGCAGGAAAUGCUGAACCAAGCAACAAUGAGGGUAAUGGAAGCAGAAACCCAAAGGCAGCAAAGUGAAAAGGAACAUCAGAAGAGUGCUGCUAUUUUUGAGGCAGCAAAGCAAAAGUAUCAAUAUCUUGAGAAAGAUUUGAAAAGCGCUAUUCAGAAAUCGCGACCCUAUUUUGAGCAAAAGGAAGACUUUCAAAACAAACUGAUGGCGCAAAAGUUAAAAGUAGAACUUCUUCAGUCUAGUGUCGCCCAAGCCAAACAGAGCUAUUCAGAUACUCUGAAGAAUUUGGAGUGUAUAUCGGAAGAAAUCCACGAACGACGCCUACUUUCCCGACCAAGAGAACCGGGUGUGGGCGCAGAAAAGAAUUGCUCACCUCCGCCGUCCCUGAAUUUUGAUUUAGACCAAUGCGAUAUUGUCAGCCUGGUUUCCAAUUGUACCUUGAAUCGGGCGAGUGAUGACGAAGAAUUCUCCUGUUCUUCCACCCCUAAUGCAGCCUCCUCUACUAAUUGAAAUGGAGACCAAAUG